AUGGUGUUGAUCUAUAAACCGUCCUUCGUCGCGCACGACGGUUCGGCUCCGAUUUACUCCAUCGACACGCAUCCGGAUGGCAGUCGAUUUGCAACCGCUGGUGGCGACCGAAAAGUGAAAGUCUGGACCACCUCCGCGUUGCUCGACCGGAACAAAGAGAACGAUAAGGAGUGUCCAAAACUUCUGGCGACGUUAGCGGACCAUUACGGGCCGGUGAAUUGCUGCCGGUUUAGCAAAAAUGGCCGGUAUUUAGCCACCGCUUCCACGGACUCAAACAUUUUUCUCUACGAACUCCACGAAGGGAAAGGAAGAACGAUGUUUGGGUCGAACGAUGAACCGAACGUGGAAAAUUGGUCGAACGUUGGGAAAUUAAAAGGGCACCAAUCGGACGUGAUCGAUAUCGCCUUCUCGCCGGACGAUAAGUACUUAGCGUCCGCGUCGUACGAUAACUUGGUCAAUGUGUGGGACGUGGAGAUGAAGCAAAUAGUCGCGACGUUGAAAGGCCAUCAAAGUUUCGUCAAAGGCGUAGCCUGGGACCCGAUCGGUAAGUUUUUAGCCACGCAAGGCGACGAUAAAUCGGUCAUCAUAUGGCGAGUGGACGACUGGGAAAAAGUGUCCACGAUUACGGAACCGUAUCGACAAUCCGUCGGCGCGACGUUUAGUAUGCGUUUGUGUUGGAGUCCAGACGGGAAGGCGGUGACCACGUGUAACUCGUACAAGAAACCGAGCCACACGGCGAGUGUCUUGGAAAGAGGCGAAUGGGACUCGAAAUUUGAUUUCGUAGGGCACAAAGGGCCAGUCGUGUGCGUGAGAUUUUCACCCGGAUUGUUCAAACAGAAAAUUGAAGCGGCGGAAGAUUCGAAAGAUAACGAUAGCGAGGAUAAGCCAAAAUUGCACACGGUGGUUGCAUGUGGAAGUCAAGACACAAAACUUACGAUUUGGAGAACGAAUCGAUCGAGACCGGUGUGCGUGAUUAAAUCGUGCUUUGAGGAGUCCGUGGUGGAUUUGAGUUGGACGCCGAAUGGCUUUUCGCUUUUGGCGUGCAGCACGGAUGGUACGAUGGGCGUCUUUACGUUUGAGGAAUCCGAGAUUGGAUGCACGGUGAAUAAAAGCGAAUCGGAAGCGUUUUUCCGCGAGACGUACGGGGGCAUGGUUGGACAGAAAAAAGUCGCGGUGUUGGAAGAUCCCACGCUUUUGAAGUACACCAAGAAGAACAUCAACGGCGAGACGACGACAAAUGGUGGAUUUGAUUCGAAAAACGGCACUCCGAUGGCACCGAAGCGCAUCAGCGCGGUACCAGUUGCAGCACCUGUCAUCCAACAAGCACCAAUCCGUCAACAACAACAGCAAGAGAUCAUAGCUUCAGAUGGGAGACGAAGAAUUACGCCCAUGGCGAACGCUCCGGGCACGCAAGUCAUCGCGUCGCCGCCCUCCGCAAGGCCACCGCAGCAAAUCAUCACCAACAAUGAAAAUCAAGUGCCCAGAAAUUUACCCGCUUAUACCAUGCCGACGACUACUACCGUUGCCGGCGUGAAACGGGUCGCUCCGCAGGAGAUGAUGCCUGCCGGUAACGCGCCGAAACGGUUGGCGCCUAUGCCGGUCGGCGGCGGCGGCGGUCAGCCGCAAAGAAUUCAGCCCAUUCCGGCGGGUGGUCAACAACAAGCGCCGGCGCGAUUGCUUUUAACGCCACCGCCGGCGAGGCAACAAAUGACGGUGCAAGUGUCGCAGCAGCAGCAGCAGCAGCAGCAACAGCAGCAGCAGCAACAGCAACAGCAACAAGCGCGACCAGCUGUCCAGCAACAAGCAGCGCGUCAAAUUAUUCCAGUAGCUCCGAUUCCGCAAACCGUGCACGCCAAACUAGUCGCCGAAGACGCGAUGGUGGCGAACUCAUUUGAUGACCAAGAUAACAUUCCGACGGCGCCAGUUGUGCUCGAGUGCAAGAACGAUUUUCAGCGGAACGCGAGUGAUCUCGUCUGCUCGCGUUCGGGUGAAGAGUUAUGGACAGAUCGUCUCGAUGCGAGAUGUUCGCACAUCACCGGGAACGCGAGGUACUCGUGCGUCGCGCUCGAAGACGGGUCGCUUCAAAUUUAUACCGAGACUGGAAGACGGCAGUUACCAACGAUUGCGUUGGAAGGUGGGAAAGUAUGCUUUAUCGCGUGCGUAAAUAGUAGUAAAACGAAAGAAGAAGAAGAAGUACAAAUUGAAAGUUCGGAGACAAAACUUUUAGUUGUAACCACCGACGCGUCUUUGUACGUGUGGGAUUUGGAGAAGGACAACGAAAGGUGCGUUUUGGAGAGUUCCAUCGCGAGCAUUUGCUUCAAUCGUAGAGACGGAGCGCGAAUUUCUCGCGUUUCGUUGAGCGAAAAGGGUGUUCCGCUCGUGACGUUAUCGAACGGCGUAGCGUACGCGUUCCACAAAAAGUUGAAGGCCUGGGCUAAGGUUGCGGACACCUCCUUUCAAAAAUCCGAGUACUUUUCGAGAUUACGGUUCGGCUCUACCGACGGUUCGGGCGGUGAAGUGCGAAAGUUGCAAACAUCUGCCGCACGAUUAGCGAUUGGUGCUAUGGCUAAUUCAAUGCGUUCUUUCUCGUCGUUCCAGACGCCAAAGCGCGAAUCUGGCCGUCAUCUCGAGCAAAUAUUGCAAUCGUGUAAAGUUCUCGGGAGUGAGAAAGAAUUCAAAGCUUGGUUACGAACGUACGCCACGCACUUGGCUUCAGAAUCGAUCGGGAACGAUCAGCGCACGCACUUUGCCGGCGCAGAGAAGCAACUUCGCGAGUUGUGUGAAGAACUGUUAGGUUCAAUCUCGAAGAGCGAUAAGGAGAUGGAGAAAGACGGCGAACACGGUUUGAUCCUCGGCAUGAAACGAAGAGAUUUAUUGAGAGAUGUCGUCAUUCCCGCACUCGCGAGCGACGGUUUGUGCCAGAGAUUAGUCACCGAAACGAUCGAGCUUCUCGAAGCUGCUGAAAAGGCGAAAUAA